AUCUUGGCGGUGGAAGUAACUGCGCGCUUGUACAUGAGACGCCGCUCAAAGCUUCACGACACAAAAAGACCAAUCCGAGAUCGUGAUCGAGACGUUACAGAAGCUCAAAAGCAACAGCCACAAAAAUGUCGCGCCCGGAAGACAUACUCCCGCCCGACCUCUUCUACAAUGACUCCGAAGCCCGCAAGUACACCACCUCCUCCCGCAUCCAGCGCAUCCAGAACGAUAUGACGCACCGCGCCCUCUCGCUCCUCGAUCUCCACUCCCCCUCCUUCAUCCUCGACGUCGGCUGCGGCUCCGGGCUGUCCGGCGAGAUCCUCUCGAAUUCCGAAGAAGAAGGCACGCCAGGCGGCCCUCACGUCUGGAUCGGUUUCGACAUCUCCUCGUCCAUGCUGGGCGUCGCGCUCGAGAAAGAAGUCGAGGGCGACCUGUUCCUCGCGGACGCGGGGCAGGGCGUGCCCUUCCGGCCGGGCACGUUCGACGCCGCGAUUAGCAUCAGCGCGAUACAGUGGCUGUGCAACGCGGAGACGUCGGAGGACAGUCCGUUAGGGCGGCUGAGUCGAUUCUUUGGGGGCCUGUAUGCUAGUCUGAGGAGGGGUGGGCGCGCGGUAUGCCAGUUUUAUCCAAAGAAUGACGAGCAGAAGAAGAUGGUGAGCCAGGCGGCGAUUAAGGCUGGUUUCGGUGCGGGUCUGCUCGAAGAUGAUGAGGGGACGAAGAACGCGAAGACGUAUCUGGUGUUGACAGUUGGUGGAGGGGAUCUUGAUGGUGACAUUACGGGCGUGGUGAGGGGAAUGGAUGGCGUGGAUGUCAUGGCGCGGCCGGGGGUUGCGAGAGGCGCGAAGAGAGGGCAGGAGCUCAAGGGAAGCAAAGGAUGGAUCCUGAAGAAGAAAGAGCAGAUGGAACGCAAAGGCAAGGUUGUCAAGGCAAAUUCCAAGUACACCGGCAGGAAGCGGAGGGUGCAGUUUUAGACGUUGUACUUAGGAGGGAGAUGAUACCACGAUUCACGAAUUCUGCAUAGCGAAAGGCGUUUCAUCCGCUAAGGAGGGUAUAGAUGGAAUCGAUUCAUGCAUGCUAGCUAUAUAUAAAAGUACAGCUCUAUUCACAAC